AUGGGUAGAGAAAACAUCUUGAAGUAUCAAUUAGAACAUGAUCAUGAAACUGAUCUUUCUAUAUCACCACCAAGUGGUACUACUACUCCAGAAAAUAAACCAAUUAGACCAGUCAGAGUUUCUGGUACCCAUACUAAUUUCCCUUUCACAUUAUCUCCAGAUUCUACAUUACAAGAUUAUUUGCAUAAUAACAAAUAUUUUGUUGAUUCUAUAGAUCAUAAUCAUGGAAAUGAUAUCUUUUAUUUGAAUGGUAAAGGUCAAACUCCACAUACAUUAUGGAUUGGUUGUAGUGAUUCAAGAGCUGGUGAACAAUGUUUAGCUACUUUACCAGGUGAAAUUUUCGUGCAUAGAAAUAUCGCUAAUAUUGUUAAUGCUAAUGAUAUUAGUAGUCAAGGUGUUAUUCAAUUUGCUGUUGAUGUGUUGAAAGUUCGUAAAAUUAUAGUUUGUGGUCAUACUGAUUGUGGUGGUAUUUGGGCAUCAUUAUCUAAAAAGAAAAUUGGUGGUGUUUUAGAUUUAUGGUUGAAUCCUGUUAGACAUACUAGAGCUGCAAAUUUGAAACUACUUAAUGAAUUAAAUGAUAAACCAAGAGAAAAGGCUAAAAAAUUAGCAGAAUUGAAUGUUAUUGCUUCAGUUACUGCUUUGAAAAGACACCCAAGUGCCAGUAUGGCUUUGAAAAAGGGUGAAAUUGAAGUUUGGGGUAUGAUGUAUGAUGUUGCUACUGGUUAUUUAUCACAAGUUGAAAUUCCAGAUGAUGAAUUUGAAGACUUGUUUCAUGUUAAUGAUGAAGAUGACGAAGAGUUUAAUCCUCAUUAG